GGAACAAAAUAAACUACGGGUGAGGCCCCAAACAUGCUCACAGUUUUGUGAGAAAAAAACUACAGAGUACAAGUUCCCUGCGGGGAAGGGAGGCAACGAGGGAGGAGCCCGAUGGUCGAGCGGGAGGGCCCUCCCGAUAGUCGAAGCGGGAGGUCGGGCUGCGGGCCAGGGACCGCCUGGCAUCGGGCCCGGGCGGGCAGAGCUCGCGUUCCCCCGAAAGUGGAGAGCCCUUAGUGACGAGGCUGGGGGAGGAGCGUGGGCGGGCAACGGGUAGAGGAGACGAGACGAGAGGAGGAGCAGGAGUCGCAGACCAGGACAAAGGCGAGGACGGGGAAACGCGGGGUCAUUGACGGAGGGAGCGAAGCCAUCGUCAAUGGAAAUUGAGCUUAAAGCUCGCGGCACGAGGCGCAGUAGCAGCUGCUGCCGCUGAUUAGAAUCUUGAUCCGCACUUUCUUGCACGCUCGGGAAUCGAUUCAUCGCUCGAGUCGGAGAAUCAAAGAGAAAAAGAAUUGUCUAAUCGUAACGGGCAGUGCGCUUUCUCCGUGCACGCGUUCUGGACGUUUUCUUCACGUCAGCUCAGAUUUGCGCCUGGACAGUCCGUUGACAUUGGAAACUUGGUCCGCGGUUGAACUCGAAGAAGGGGAGCAGGAAACUGAAGAGCUUGUGGAAGAAUCCGGAUUGUGAUAGAAGUGUACGAUUGAAGCACUGGUGCUCUGAGGUUUGUCAGAUCUCGAACCACUCUGCAAGGCAGGUCGAAAGUCGACUGCGGUGGGUUGCAGGGAAGAAACCGGCGGUGAUCAUCGUGCGGAAGGAAUUAUCGAAGUUAGAAACACUUCAAAAGGAAGGGAAAUUGUUACGUUGUGUAGCACAAACAGGUUCAGGCAGCACGGAGCGCAUCAACCUUUUAUUCUCUUUAUCGCCAAAAUCCCGGGUUCUCCUCGCGGAAUAAUUGCAUAUCUCAAGCAGAACCCCAACUUGGAAUCAAAGGGCUAAUAGUAUGGGCGGCGGCCAAUCGCACGUGAAGCCUCCCGCGCCUGAGUUCGAUACAUCGAGGCCUGUCCCAUCAGCUUCACGGCUGAACCGACGCUUUUCGAGGAAAUUUUCGUAUAUAUCUGAUCAAUACCAAUCCCUCGAACAGGUCACAGAAUCCCUAGUGAACGCCGGUCUAGAAUCGUCAAACCUGAUCCUGGGGAUUGACUUCACCAAGAGCAAUGAGUGGACUGGAAAGCAGUGCUACAAUGGGCGUAGCCUUCACGCAAUUGGAGAGCACUAUAAUCCUUACGAAUAUGCCAUAUCCAUUAUCGGUCGAACAUUGUCAAAAUUCGACGAAGACAACCUGAUACCAUGUUUUGGCUUCGGAGAUGCUCCAACCCAUGAUCACUUCGUGUUUAGCUUCUACGAAGAUCAGCGUCCAUGUCACGGUUUUGAGGAAGCGCUUCAUAGAUACCGACAGUUGGUGCCUUGUCUUCGCCUUGGUGGACCUACAUCUUUCGCCCCAAUCAUCGACGCAGCCGUGGGCAUCGUGGAGGAAAGUGGUGGUCAAUAUCAUGUGCUAGUCAUCGUUGCGGAUGGGCAGGUCACAAGUAGUGGCGAGACAGGACCUGGAAAACUCAGUGCUCAGGAGAAAGCGACUAUUGAUGCAAUAGUGGCAGCCAGUGACCACCCCUUGUCAAUCAUACUGGUUGGUGUGGGUGAUGGACCUUGGGAUAUGAUGCGGGAAUUUGAUGACAAUAUCCCAGCCCGCGCAUUUGACAAUUUUCAGUUUGUGAACUUUACGGAUAUUAUGUCGAGAGGUUUGCCGAUGGAACAGAGGGAAGCAAAGUUCGCCCUGUCUGCAUUGAUGGAGAUCCCACAACAGUUCAAAGCAACUCAAGAGCUUCGAUUGUUGGGGCGACGUAUGGGACGAACUCAACACAUUCAACCUCUUCCUCCACCUCAAGCAGUGUUACACGCAGAUUCCCAAUUACGUUCUGGUUAUGCCCAGCCUGGUGGCUACACUCAGUCAGGAAGCUUCGCUUACAACCCAGGCGUUUCCAGGGCCGUUCCGCCUUACGCGUCUGUUGAUACUUAUCCUCCCAAGUACACGUCGCCGCCUGAUUACAGGAAUUUACCACCACAUCAAUACCCACCUCCCGCAUCAGCUUAUACGUACCCCCCUCAACAAAGUAGAGUACCUGAAGUUCCAAAAGAAUAGAACGAAGAGCAGGGGCUACUUUUCACCAGAGUAUGCACUAGAAGGCGUCUUAUCCGAGAAACUGGAUGUGUAAAGCUUUGGUGUUGUCUUGCUGGAAAUCGUUGCUGGAAGACAGUGCAUCGAUCUGAAGUUGCCACAGGAACAAAGUAUUCUACGCUCCUGGGCUAUAACUUUGUACACGGAAGGCAAGGUUUUGAACUUGGUCGAUAAAAGAUUGGAGGGCGAUUAUGACGAAGAAGAAGUACUGCUCGUGGUGAACAUGGCUCUGUCUUGUCUGCAAGCAGAUCCCAAGAAACGCGCAACGAUGUCUCAACUUUUGAACGUCCUCAUGAAGAACUCAAAUGCAAGUGUAGCUGUGGACAUCGUCAACGAGCUAAAAUCCCAGACACCAUACUUGUGGAGCAUAUCAGAGGACGAACACUACGUGGAUGCCUAUCCUAGUAGACAAGGCGUUCAAGGAGAAUCAGCCGAACUUGCCUUAAUGUCAUCAUUUGCCGCCGAUUCACAAGCCUCGGUUAUGGUGCCUCGAUAGUACCUACAUGAGCUCAUGCAGUAUCUCAACUUUCUAGAUUAGGUCGUCUGUUCCCUAUGUCCUCUCCCAGGUAUCUCAGCUGACAUUACCUUUGCGUGUGCCCUUGAGACACUGUCGUAGGGAGAUCAGUGUUUACCUUGAACAAGAGCCCAUAUAAUUUAUGCUCCGCCUAAUUUCAAGAACUGCAUUCCGAUCGCGAGUUAUAGAAGGGUCACAUAUUUUAAUACUCUAUGUAAUUUCUUAUCACUUAUUCGUUAAACUUGCUAGUUAGUUGCUAGUUGCUAGCUAGCUACUACUUGUUAAUAUAGAUUCUGGAUUGAAUAUUGCCUCAUACCGAAACCAAACUGAUGUAUGAGAGAAAAACAGAAAUCUUAAGAUGACAGUUUAAACAUCUUAAUGUGAAUCGAUUAGCUUUUUUAAGGUCUUCAAAUAUGAGAGCAUAUGAGUCACCAUUGUAGUCAUUCUUGACCAUGCAAAGACUCCACUCUG